CCCAUUUCUUUCUAUCUUUUUGUCACAGCGCAUAUGUGGAAACCUCAACGUAAACAACUGUCGAUGUCGUUCAGCAAUCAAAUUUGUUGGUCAUAUUUGCCGAUUUUCAAUCAAAAAGCCGACAUUUUCGUGCGGAAUGUGAGCGAGCAUGUGGGCAAAGGUGAUUUUGAUAUGUUAAAAUACUCUGCUGCGUGCACGUUGGACUUAACUCUAGAAACGGUUUUGGGCACAUCAAUGAACAUACAAAAAGGCAAAAAUAUGCACUACAUGAAAGCACUUACUGAUUGGUUGUCGGUCGUUUCUCGAAGAAUGGUUAACGUAUUUUUGCAUCCAGACAUUAUUUACAAACAAACACAAUUGUACCAAAUGGAAUGUGAUGCAUUGGCUCGAUCGGAGGCGAUGCAAGAAGAGUUAAUUCUAAAAAAGAUGAAAGAGUUCGAAGAAAACAACCACAAUAACAACGAUUUAGAUGAAGCAAAUGAAGACAAGCCCUACGAAAAACCUCAAAUAUUCAUUGAACGUCUCAUUAAAUUGCGAAAUCAAGGUAUCAUAACCGAUCAAGAGAUUCGUGAUCAAGUGCAUUUGAUUAUAUUUGCCGGUCAAGAUACGUCUUCAUACACAAUAGCGAUGACACUACUGCUAUUGGCGAUGCAUCCAAAGAUUGAACAACGGGUCAUCGAUGAACUUAAUACAGUAUUCGGUGAUUUGCCGGUGGAUUGUGACCUGACAAUGGAGCAUUUGAAUGCAUUAACAUAUUUGGAGCAGGUCAUCAAGGAAACAUUACGAGUGUAUCCCGUAGCACCACUGCUACUGCGUCACUGUACUGAAGAUACAAAAUUGCCAAAUUUCGUCAUACCAAAAAACACCGAAGUUGUGAUUUCAGUGUUCACUGGCCAUCGUCGCAAAGAUGUAUGGGGCGAGGAUGCUGACGAUUUUAAUCCUGAUCAUUUCAGCAAAGAAGUCAGUUCGAAACGAAAUCCAUUUGCAUUCAUGGCAUUUUCUAAUGGACCCAGAGACUGCUUGGGUCGAAGAUUUGCAUUUAUUUCCAUUAAAACAAUUUUGGCCAAAUUACUUCGAAAAUAUCGCUUCUCCACACAUUUGGGCAAAGAGGAUCUGAAAUUUCAACUAGAAGUCACCAACAAACCCAUCAACGGAAUUGUUCUUGAAGCUGAAGAACGAAUUUGAUAAUAACAUUUAAUUUUUCGUGAGAUUUACAUAUAUUUUAGUUUAGUUUUAAAUGACAAUUGCAUAGCAUUUAAACGCACAUAAAACGAU